UUUGGUUCGUCCAAACUUGAUACGCUCAUCUUAAAUGCAAACAUUCAAAUGACCUUUGAUUUUCGUAUUGUAUUUCUAUAGACACCGAUUCGACAAACUGUUCAAAUUUGCAGUGUAAAAAGACGUCUUUCAACUUUCAGCACAUGUCAACAUUGCAGCUUUCAACUCUUCGUGGACGUCCGGGGCAACCAAAACAAAGUUCUGUGCGUGGUACUCGUUGGUUUUUAAUAAUUUUUAAAUUACAUCCACCAAGCCACACCGAAAUGUCGGCGAAACCGCAACUAUCGAAGGGCGUGCUCCAGAUGAAAUUCAUGAAACGCACAAAAGACAAAGUGGAUGAAGAGCUGGCGGCGUUGGAAGGACGCACGAUGUACUCAAACGAAAUCACUGACCGCAUGAUGAAUGAUUCCUCGAAUUUUAUCAUUGAACCGAGUUUCAUGCGUUGUGAAGAUCUAAUCGACGGCAGACUGAGCUUCCGAGGGAUGAACCCCGAAAUCGAGAGGUUGCUGGAACUGGAGGAGCAGGAAAGACAGGCAAAGACGCGCCAUGAAAUGGGCAAGGAUGUGACCGAUCAGGAGAUGGUGGAUUACUAUGGGAACGUUGUCCAGACAAUCUCGAGGAAGUUCGACACGCAUAGGAAGAGGAAAGGCAAUCGGGAGGAGAGUGAAUCGAAACCAAUGAAGUUCUUGAAGCCGAAGGAUGAGGAUUAGUCUAGGAGUGAAAUUAGGGGUGUAGAUUUUAAGGUUCUCUAGGGAAGCAGUAUGUCGACUAGUCUUUCAUAAGUUGCUAGUGGAUUCAGGCUAAUAUGUAAAUAUAAAUUGUUACAAACGUG